CAGGUCCAUUAAGCAGUGGGCAUAUGUUUCUGCGUUCAUAAGGUUUUGUCAGACAGAGCAGCACAUCAACACACACACGUGCAGAUGGCUUUUCUUCUCUCUGGGUCAUUUCUCUUGAGGAUAUUUAUGAUUUCUACCACAGCGUUCGCCCUCAACCUCGAAGGAGAACUUUUCAAGGACUUAAUGAAAGGCUACAACAAGAAAGUGCGGCCCGUCGAGAACAGCGGCGAUGUGACUCAGGUGACCGUCAAGAUGACCCUUACCAACCUCAUCUCCCUGAAUGAAAAGGAGGAGGCCCUGAUGACUAGCGUUUGGAUCGAAAUGCAAUGGUGCGACUACAGACUCCGAUGGGACCAGCCACCUCGAUCCGCUUUAUACAAGAACAUCACAUGGGAGCUCCGCGUCCCCUCCAAGAUGAUCUGGCUCCCUGAUGUCAUCCUGGAGAACAAUGUGGAUGGCCAAUUUGAAGUGGCGCUGUAUUGCAACGCGUUGGUGUCUCCUAACGGCUGCGUGUACUGGUUGCCUCCCGCCAUCUACCGCAGCGCCUGUGCCAUCACUGUCAACUAUUUCCCCUUCGACUGGCAGAACUGCACAAUGGUCUUCCGCUCCCAGACCUACAGCGCCAAUGAGAUUGAACUUGUUCUAAAAAAGGAGGACAACCAAACUCUGGAGUGGGUUGACAUUGACCCUGAGGCUUUCACGGAAAAUGGAGAAUGGGCCAUCAAACACAGGCCAGCAAAGAAGGUGAUUAACAGCCAGUUUACCAAAGACGACCUGGAAUACCAAGAGUUGGUCUUCUUCCUCAUCAUCCAGAGAAAGCCCCUCUUCUACAUCAUUAAUAUCAUCGCACCCUGCGUGCUCUUUUCCUCUCUCUGCCUGCUUGUUUACUACCUACCCGCCAAAGCCGGUGGCCAGAAGUGCACCAUGUCCAUUGCCACUCUUCUGGGCCAGACCGUGUUCCUCUUCCUCAUUGCUCGAAAGGUUCCAGAGACGUCCAAGGCGGUUCCUCUUAUUGGAAAGUAUCUGAUGUUUGUGAUGUCGGUGACCACCGUUGUGGUGAUGAACUGCGUGGUGGUUCUCAAUGUUUCGCUGAGAACACCAAGCACUCACCUGAUGUCAGACCAAGUGAGAAAGAUCUUUCUGAACGUUCUGCCUCGGCUAUUGAGGAUGCAAAUGCAGCCCUGGACACCCGAUCACGACGCCUCCGCUGAACCCGACAAAGGUGACGGCGGAGUCGACGAAAGGAACAAAGUAGAUCCGGCCCCGUGUCGGCGCCGCAGCUCCAUGACGCUAAUCAACAAGGCGGAGGACUAUAUCCUGAGAACAGCUCGGACCGAACUCAUGUUUGCCCGACUCAAAGAGAGAAAUGGACUGAUGAAGUCAGUCCUCGAAACAUUGGAAAAAGGCCCAGACGAGGGAACCGCCGAGCGACUCGGUCUCAGUUUGGCUAAAGCUGCCCCGGAACUCAAACAGUGCGUGGCUUCGUGUAAACGCAUCGCUGAGACGACAAAGCAACAAAACACCUAUCAAAACGAGAAUGAAGAGUGGAUUCGGGUCGCCCGGGUUAUGGACCGGGUCUGCUUCAUUGUCAUGGCUUUGCUUUUUUUUGUCGGCACCAUCGCCAUCUUCCUGUUGGGUCACUUCAACCAGCCGCCUUCUUCGCCCUUCCCGGGGGAUCCAAAGAAGUACCUUCCCAUGACAGAAAAUCUUACACAUCUACCUGAUACCAGGCCAGUAGAAGACCUGCUGGGUUGAAGCAGAUCACCUCAUGUCUAUUCUUUCAGGAUUCAAACUGAUCCUUCAGUUUUAGUCAGUACAAACCAAGGUUAACUGUUUUUUUUUUCUGGUGAUGAAAAGCUCCAUGGUUGUAAUCCAGGAACCCUGUUUUAUGUUUUACAUGACAUUUUAUGACAAACAAAAUGUUCCUUAAAAAUUUGGAAAAAAAUUGCAUUCUGUUUUCUAUCGUUGAUUUUAUUUUUAGACGUUCUUCUCAUUAUAUUUGUAUCAUGCUACAUACACUGCCUGG